AUGCAGACCUCGACCCGAUUCCGAAAGUCCAGGUCGAGACCGCACGCGGAGAACGACAACAAGGGUUCUCACAACACCAUCCGAACCACGACUCCCAGCGGGGAGCAAAGGCAGAGUCUGGCGUAUGCUGAGCGACAGGCACUUAUGAAAGAAGGAAAGUGCUUCGUUUGUCGGCAGCAGGGACAUCUCAGUCGUGACUGCCCAGAGAACAACAAGGAUGGGAAGAGUGGGGAGACGAAGAUGGCAACAGUAAGCGCCACAGAAAGACGUCUCAGGGAUGCCGAGGAUUCGGACUCGUCGUCAAGUUCGGGAAAUGUGGUAGUUCCCAAACUGACACCUUGUGGACUCCGUACGAAACGACUCCGACAGCCCCAACCCUUGUGCGCCUUUGACGGGAGACCUGCGAACCCCAUCACUCACGGUGUUCGAGCACCGCUGAUAGUGGGCAACAGGCGACAGAUCGACGUACCCAUGUUGAUCGCCUACACGGGUCGGCAUGACAUGAUCCUUGGAAGACUCUGGUGCGCAGAUAGAGGCGUCACCAUCGAUUGUAAGAACCUCCAACUCGUGUGGCCGGAGCCUGCACGGGGUGAGGAACGGAAAGUUAUGCAGGAAGAGGUUGCUUGCCAGAUGACGAGACCUAUUCCGAUCCAGAUUCUGAGACGACCCACGGAAGAGACGAGCGCAAGACACCAGAAGGUUGCAGACCGAAGAGACACAGCAUUCGAAAAAGCAGAGAAAUUCGAAGCGUCCGUGGAGCGAGUCGACAGCACUAAGAACCCAAGUCCAACAAUCCGAAGAGAAUACAACCACUCGCACACAGAGGACACGGUGAAGAAGAUGGAACGAGCGUUACUUGGAGACAGUAUGCCGACUAUGCCAGAAAGAGACACCUGUCCAGUCGGAAAAGAACGGCGCACACAACGGAACACACCGAAGCCUAUGCCACAAGGAUUCUCGAUCGCAGCAGUCGGAAGUGCAGGGUUCCAGCUGUGUGCCAAACAAGAAGGAGUAGAGACCUUCGCAACUAGCAUCCACGCAGGGAAGAACAUACUUUACGGCAUAAACGGGCAGCAUCGAUAA